GCUAGACCACAACAACAUAAAAUGGCAGGCAUAGACGUGGAAGAUGAAAAUAUUUUAACUUCAAUAUUCAAAGAUUCAUUUUCAGAAAGUUGGCAAGAAAAUCCAGACUUUGUGGAAUAUUUGGUUGAACUCAGUUCUUAUGGAGCAGAAAGGCUUUCAAGAGAACCUGACCGGCUGUCAGAAGAGAAAGCACAUAUUUUGGCAGAAACUCAAGACUUAGCCUUUCACAACUACACAACAUUUAUUCAGACAGCAGACUGCUCCAAGGAGAUAUUUCAAGAUUUUCAAAUCAUAGAGCAACAUCUUGAAAGUCUAUUGAAUAAAUUACCCAACUUUUCAGAAGAAUGCAAAAAUGUCAUUCAGAAAGCCCAAGAGAUUAGUUCAAGUCGUCGCAUGAACAUUUUGACCUUGCAACGUCAUUCGCAACUUCUUGAAAUUCUGGAAAUGCCUCAGUUGAUGGAUACAUGUGUUAGAAAUAGAUAUUAUGAAGAAGCAUUGGAGUUGGCAGCGUAUGCUAGAAGACUGGAGAAAAAACAUCCCAAUAUUCAUGUCAUCAUUGGUAUUGUAAAUGAAGUGAAAGCAUCCACCCAACUCAUGUUAAACCAACUCAUUCAACAACUUAGAACAAAUCUACAACUCCCAGCCUGCCUGAAAGUUAUUGGAUAUUUAAGACGACUGGAUGUUUUUACUGAAGCGGAGCUGAGAAUUCAAUUUCUUCAGGCAAGAGAUUCUUGGUUUCAGACUAUUUUAGAUUCUAUACCAAAAGGAGAUCCAUACAAUCAUAUCAAUAAAACAAUAGAAGCCAGCAGAGUUCACUUGUUUGAUAUCAUGACCCAAUUUCGAGCAAUAUUCUCUGAUGAAGAUCCACUUGUUAGUACUGGCAAGGAGGACACUAUUCAUGAGUCUUUACUGUUUCACAGCUGGGUACUUCAAAAAAUUUUACAGUUUCUAGAAACUCUAGAGAAAGAUCUGGAAGAAGGUAUUGGAGGUCGCCUCGACUCUAUUCUAGGCCAAUGUAUGUACUUUGGUUUAUCAUUCAGUCGAGUGGGAGCAGAUUUCCGUGGACUUCUGGCACCAAUAUUUGAAAAAGCAUCUCUUAGAUAUUUUGUUGAAGCUCUGAAAGAAGCCAAUAAAAAAUUUGAAGAAAAUAUGCAGUCUUACAAUUUACUUGGCUUAGCAAUGACAGGGGGAAUAACUCUUGGCAUGUCUGCCUCACAGAGUGGUCACUUGUAUCCCCCCACAACAUUGUUGGACUUCUACCCAUUGGCUGCCUACUGUAAUCAUCUCCUUACUGCUUUUAAUGACCUGCGUCUAUGUGCUCCCAUGAAUUUGGCUUGUAAAGUAGCUGAUGAAUUGCAAAAGUCAUUCCUUGAGGUCAACCGUGUCAUUCUAGCCUUUCACAGAGCUGAAGAAACAACAUUGAAUUCUAAAGAGAAAGAUCAAUUUGAACAGUUUUGUGCCACCUAUGCCACAGACCUGCUUCCCUUUAUUAACAAGUGUAUGCAUGCACUGUUUCCUCCAGCCCAGCUUGCAAAUUCUCUUGGCUGGACACUCAGUGACAUCAAUAAGAAGGGUAACAUAGGUAUAGUGGAUCUAGCAGUUGUUUUGUCCAACAUUACUCACCUUAUGCCUGUCCAACCAGAACUGACCAUCAGUGACCACAAGGAUCAACCAGUUACUUUCACACUGGACUUUGAUCCAGACACCAACUCAACAGCUGCUGAAGAAACUUCAACUCCUGAGGUUGUUGCACCUGUAGGAGAAACAAAACCUCCAGCAACAGCAGACCAGAAUCUUGAGUCAGCAACUUUACUAGAUCCUGAAGGUGGAGCUUCUGUAUCAGUGCAUCAUGAUAAUCUUCCAAAUUCAGAAAGUAACAAUCUAUCCCUAUCAGGUCCUGUAGAUUCACCCAACAUUAACCAAGAGAUUUCUUCAACUGGUAACACUGAGUUGCCUGUAGAUGUUUCCAUUCCUCACCAAAUCCAAGUGCCACAGCAUCAGUUCAAUGUUUUAGAUGAUGCAGUAUUUGAUCUUGAUCAUUUAGACAAUACAAACUUAGAAAAUGUUGAUUCUCAAAUAGAUUUAGACAAAAUACCUGAUUUAUAGCCACCUAGAUAUUAUUCCAUACAUUUUUUUUAUUGAGAAGUACAAUUUCUUUGAUUUGUUUCGUGUUACACAAAAUUAAUGAACUCUUUCUAAUGUUAAAGUGUUUAACUAGGGGAGUAAUUAUUAAAGUUGCUUAUUAUAUAUUUAUUGAUAUAUAUAUAUAUAUAUGUAUAUAAUGUUAAUAAAACUAAUUCACAACUUAAGCAAAAAGAAAAAAAAAUUAACCUUUGUUUAAAUUUUUUUUUUCUGUUCCUUUCAGCUUGAGUAUUAUUCAAAACUUAAAUGUAGGAAACUGUUCCAACCACCCUUGACUAGCUCUUUCAGUGCGGCGUUACUCUCAGCGAGUAACUUUGCCAGCACUGGUCUUUUUAUUUCUCUCUUUUUUUUUAAUUUACCGGAUGUGGGACUGAUUGUUCUUUGUUUUGAUAGUAAAUUCGAUGCAGUACCAACAUGUUUAAAAAAAAUAGGCAAUAUUAUGUUAAAUGGAUCCUCUUUUUUAGUUUAUUUCCCGGGACCCGAAAAAUGUAAAUAAUACAAUUUCUUAGUGCAUUUGUUCAUCUUUUAUGAAAUGUAAAGUGAUUAAAUGUGUUAAGUAUCAUGAUUUUUUAAUAUUUAUGGAUUAAAUAUUUAAUUAAAAGGUAAAUCUUUUAGUAUAUCAAUUUUGUAUUUAUGAAUUUUUUAAAUAUUUUCUUUCUCCGUACUCAGUUUAAAAUUAAUAAAAACAAAUUUUGUUUGAAUAAUUUAUUUAAUUUACUUUACUUUUGUAGCCCAUUCAUUUUCCUUUAAAAUAAAAUCAAAUAUGUUAGAUUAUUGAAUAAAUAAAAAAGUUAUAGUUGUUUUAGUAACUCUACCCUCUUGAAAAUUUGUGUUCAUUCCGGAAAACUCCAUUUUUUUCGAUCAAAGUAAUUCCCACUGAAAGAGCUAGAUAGCUUAUGUAAAUCCCACAAGGUGUCAGAUAAAAUAAAAAGCUUUCCACUAGCAUUGGAGUUCUAAUUCUAUAGCAUUUCACUGCAUCUACCUGAACAAUUCCUCAUUGAGUUCAACCCCAACUAAAUAAACUACAAGAUCUCCAAGUGGUAAGAAAAAAAAAUGAAGGCUUACAUAUAAUGAGCCAGCUAUCAUACCCCCCCCCCCCCCCCCCCUGAUUACAUUCUAGAAAUGAAGUUCAUAUGUAAAACUUCUGGACUUUCUAACUUAUAACCUUCCAGCUGUUCAUAUAAUACCUGGGCCUUCUAGUAUAUCAGCUGUCAACUAAUUUUUGCUGUUUCUAAUAAAUGAAUUAUUUUUUUUUUACAUUUUGGGCAUAUAUUAAAUUUGAUCCAACUAUUGGUCAUUAAAUUCAUUGAAUUUUUUUUAUUGCAUGAUGUAUGUCUAGAUCAAAUAUAUUAAGAAAAUGUGAUUUUAUUUUUAUUGCUAAGAAAUAUGAACCUAGAAAUUUUGUUGUGUUAUCUAUUUAUAAAAACGUUGAUUUCAUUAGUUUUCCCAACAUUGUCCUCUACCUCUUUAGACUUCAUGACUAAGUUACUUGCUGGUGAUUCAAGAGAAUGAAAUGGUCAUGCAAACGUAACAUUCUUUUUUAUUAUUAUAUAUGGCUCCUUCUGUCUCGGAAGACAAUGGAUGCGCCCAGAUGAGUCACUGGUUUAGGUUUUGUCUUUGAGACUGGCAAAAUCUGGAGUGACUGAUCAAGCCAAUUCUGGAGCGGCAGAGUUUGCCACAGUCCGUGCAUGUUUAUGCAUCUGUCCUAGGACUGGCUGACAGAGCAGCUUUCUUUUUCUUUCUCUUAACUGAUGCAGCUUCGUUUCUUUUGCUCUUGUCGAAGUUCGUACCAGCACAUACAAUCUGUCUCCAUGCUGUCCGGUCUUGGUCUAUCUCAUCCCACAUACUUUCGUUGAUGCCUAUGGUUCUAAUGUCUCACUUGCAGACAUCUUUGUAGGUUAGUCAUGGGCGACCCUUGGGUCUGACUCCCUCCGCAAGCUCAGCAUAUAGGAUGUGUUUAGGGAUUCUAUCAUCUGGCAUGUGGGUGGCAUUAUUACUAGACCUCAAUAAAACACAAAAAGAUUGUCUUGAGCUAGUCAAUAUAAUAGAGUUGUCAUUAAAAAUAAAAUAGCUAAAUUGAAUUAAAAGGCAUCUGAACAAUGCUUGGUACAGUACUUCUGGCAAAAGUUAAAAACAUCAGUUUCUGUAGUGCCAGUAAUUGUUCAGCUUUCUUAAGCUAAUGACAUUUCAUUGACUUUUAUUUUAAAAGCAAAUGUCUUGAAGAAAUUCAUUUAAAUUAGUUUCUAAUUAUCAGCUUUUUGUUUUUUCUUUCACUUUCAUUGUCAACUAAAACUUAGUAAUUUUUGUAUUCAUACAACAAAGCAGAAGUAUAGCUCUCCCUAGUUGUUACAGGACUUUGAGCCAAAUAAGUAGGAAACUUCAAUUGUAGGUUACCUCAUUUUUUUAAAUAGGAUUCUGUAUUUUUUUUUAAAUGCACAAUUCAUACUAGUAACUUUUGUCUAGAUCAAAUGUGGAGAAAAAAAAAAGGAGGAAGUUGUUCAAGAAUCACAAGUGAUGCAAGUAGAGAGUGAUGGGAAUGCUUGUAUUGAAUAGAAUCAAAAAUUCAAGUGCAAAUUUAUUUAUUUCAAGCUGAAAUUUCACAUCUUGUAGUACAUUGAUGUCUGUUAAGCAAAGUUUUCACUGGGUCAUGCUAAUUGUGAGACACAAUGUUUAGUUGACUUUAUUACCACUUCAUUUUGUUGAUUGUAUUGUUAACUAUUGUAUUUAUUUGUUGCUCUUUUUUUUUAAUGUUUCAAAAUAAAACAUUUGUGUUAAUGGGUAUAUUGCUUUUCAGUCAAAUUAAUGGAAGGAAUUAUCUAACUUGCAUUUAUUUGCUUAGAAGAUUGAAAUAGAUAAAGAGUUUGAUCAACUGAAUUGUAAACUAUUGUUCCUAUUGGUUUAUCUCUUAGUUGGUAAAGUUCACUAUGUCAUUAAACAUGAGCUUUGAAUGAAGUUUCAAUGUCAGCUCCCACAAUGUAUGUGCAAUAGUGAUAGAAAAGGCAAAUUGUAUACUUGAAGUCCUGACACCUUCUAAAAAAAAAGCCAAUGAGAAUACUAUGAAAUAAAAGCCUGUGAUAUCUCA